AUGGCAGGAAAAUCCUAUGUGACCAAAGGCUACUCGACCUACACUGACAUUCCGGCCCGGGGUGGUUAUGAUCACGGGCCAAGAAACCCGGUCAACCAGUAUGCAGUUCAGACCAAGACGAUUGACCGGGUUGGUGCCCCGGGUGCUGGGUUCACCGAUUUUGUUGGUUCCCCUUCAAAAAUGGAGCUCCUAAAUGAAUACGUUCAUUCCCCAACCAUGUCUAGCAGUCCAAAAUCUCCAAAUGUAGGUUUCAGCCCGAACACUGGGUUCAACUAUGAGAACUCGAGCCCACCCAAAUUCCACAAUGAAGGAAAUUGGCCCAUGAAAAAUAGAAACACUUCGAGCCCAAAUAAAUAUCAUCCUUCAAGCCCAAAUAAGUAUCAUCCUUCAAGUCCCGUUCAUAAUUACCAUUCAGAAGAAGCCGAUUUGGUUCGUUCUGGACUCGGUUUUGCAGCCAGACAGAUUAGGACCGGAAAUAUUUCUGGUACUAACAAAUCUGUACAGAGUCCACCUACGACACAUCAUUCUCUUUCAACUAAGAUUGAUAAUAUAAACGAGGCUUUGGGCUUAUUGGAAUCCAUGAAGCAUUCUCCACGUUCAGAUCCAAGGCAAAAAGGAGUACUUGAUGAACUUUCCACACGUGCACAACCAACAGAACCACAGAAGCGUUAUGCACGACCUGCAUUUGUUGCUAAAACUAGCGACGUGUAUAGGAAGUAUUAUUGA